AUGAGGUAGGAAAGUGACGCAAACACCAGACAUACCUAGCCGCAUGUCGUUUGUCGUUUACAAGCACGUAUCAAAUAGGACAAUGAUUUUGGCAGAUGAUUAGUAGUGAUAGGCGAUCUUGAGCCUCGUCCUCUCUGUCCGACCUACAUCGGCACCACCUGCCAUGCUCCAUCUUGACAGGGCCGAAGAAACAAAAUAGGAAACGACGGGGAAAACAAGGCCGCCAAUGGGAUGAACCAAUGCACCUCUCCUGUUAUCUCACCAAGGUCGAGCCAAACGAAACCGCUUGUGUUUUAGCUUGACAGCUGCUUUUUCCGUCGUGGAGGAACUUGUCAACUUGCCAAGACGGCAUCGGGCGAGGCGCACCCUGUCGACGAGACAGGGGCGCGCUCCCAACUGACCUCACCCCCCAUCCCUGCCGCGGAUCUGAGGCGCUGCCCGCCCUGCCAGGCACUAGGGGCAAGCGAUGGGGGAGACGACAUGGGCAAUGGCACCACAGGGCAGCUUGCUGGCCCAGGGAGACGGCACCGACGGACGGACGGCAACACCGCGCCGGCCCUGUGCCAUGAACUGCGGUUGUGGUGGUGCCCUGGCCACCAACUGCGGCUGCAAGGUGCGAUAUAUAAGGGGCUGUUGCCGUCUCCCUCGGCUGUCACUUUUGAUAUCUCACCCACCACCUCACUGAGAGUCUCUCCUUUUGCAUUUCCUGCUCAGCAACAGUUUUCUUUUGCAUACGCUCCUUUGCCCAUAGUUUGGCCAUUACUGCCCAGUGCAUUUCGCUUCGUUCCUAUACGACGACUUGACGUCCGAUCGCUACAUCUCGCAUCUUUUUUUUAUUGUUUCUCGACGUACCCUGCUCCAUCACCCCAUCCUCACCUUCUUUUUCCAACCGAGACCUCAUCUCCCAACCAACCAUCACCAUGAAGACCACCGGAUUCCUCGCUCUUGCCGGCCUCGCCGCCGUCGGCAGCGCCCACUUCACCUGGGACAAGAUCGCCGUGGGCGGCAAGCAGGUCGGCGGGGACAACCAGUACAUCCGCAAGCACGACAACUACUACCUCCCCAUCAAGUUCAACAAGACGCCCGAGGGCUCCAUCACGCCCAACGACGCCGGCUUCGCGUGCAACAAGAACGCGCGCCCCGCGCCCGACGUGCUCAAGGUCAAGGCCAACGACAUGGUCAGCCUCAACCUCGGCUUCGGCGCCAAGCGCAUGGAGCACCCGGGCUCGGUCCAGGUCUACGUCAGCCCCGUGGCAAACGCAAAGGCCGACAGCGGCAAGGACUGGUACAAGAUCCACCAGGCCCUCAUCUGCAAGCAAGGGAACGCCGAGAGCCUGCGCAGCACCGCCUGGUGCAUGUGGGGCGAGGGCGGCAUCUCGGCCCCCAUCCCCGAGACGCUCCCCAACGGCCAGUACCUGAUGCGCGCCGAGCAGAUCUCGCUGCACGGCGCCCACGACGGCCAGGCCGAGUUCUACGUCGCCUGCGCCCAGAUCGAGGUCACGGGCAACUCGGCCACCUCGAUCCAGGGCACCGCCGUGCAGUUCCCCGGCGCCUACAAGUCGACCGACAAGGCCGUCAACUUCAGCGUCUGGGGCCGCUCCACCUCCUUCGACGUCAUCCCCGGCCCUGAUGUCAUCCCUGGCGGCACCAUCCGCGGCUCCGCCAACGGCGCCGGCGGCGACAAGACCGUCAAGGUUGCUGCCAAUGGUGCUGGUGGUGGCAACGCUGCUGCCCCUUCUACCCCUGCCCCUUCCACACCUGCCAACAACAGCGGCAACAACAACAACGGCGGCAGCAACAACAACAACAGCGGCAAAAACAACAGCGGCAACGGCAACGGCGACAAGAACCAGCAGCCUGGAAAGUCGACCUCCCCGGGGCCCGACUGCAACAAGAAGCGCUCCCUGCGCGCCCGCCGCGCUGCCAUGGCGGCUGCCCAGCAGUAAAAAGCAUCCUCCACACACCUCCCAUUUUUCUCCAGCACUCACGUGUUCGGACCAGACAUGCAUCCCCAAACCAGCCAUUUUUUACAUUCCACACAUGAGCAGGGGCGCGCGGAGCACCCGGGGUGUCGAUCACAGCGCGACUCUCCGUCAUCUCUCGUCGAGAUAGGAGGAACUGGAUUCUUGUUCUGAGGCCUAGAGCCUGUUCUUUACUUUGUACAUAUUACAAACUCUUGUAGCCGUCCUCUUUUGGGCAUCGCAUAUGCAGAUACUGUUUUUCUACUUUCCUAG